UCCCUGUUCACGCUGAUUUACACAGGCUCGUGGGUGAGCAUCUCCUUCCGUUGCCCACCUGGUUCCAUGGCAUUGAAGUACCAGCGCCGGUUAUGGCGCUACGUGGAACAGGGCCGCCGUCACAAGUUGCGCAGGCUCCUGCGGCAUCACAGAGAACUCUUGGACCUGGGUGAAACGAAGGGACACAAAAAACACACACCCUUGCACCGAUGCUGUGCCCACCUGGACCACAAAGCUGCCCUCCUUUUGCUGAAGUACGGGGCAGACCCCUCUCUCCCAGACCACCGUGGAGACACAGCUCUGCAUUUGGCUGCCCGGCGCGUAACACGUGGAGGAGAUCAUGUGUAUGAAGAUCUGUUCGUACCCUUGCGAAUCCACUGUCCAUCUGCCGUGAGCAUCAAGAAUAGAGCUGGGAAGACCCCCGGAGAUCUCUUGAAUACAACAACAGAAGAGAAAUGGUGCCCCGAGGAAACGAUUGAGGAAAAUGAGGCGGAUUGUGAGGCUGAGAGAGAGUGGAGGUCCAAGCUUCUCAAUGAAUGUGAGGACGAGUUCCAAGAGACCCCAUGGCAGUAUGAAGAAGAUUUCUCCACUGGUCCCAACUCAGAAACGUUUGAGGAAUGGACUGAUCGCAUACACCGAGAAUAUGGGCAAAAACGUAGGCGAGAAGAGGAACGGCGUCACCAGAGGCCUAGAAAAGAAGCUCCGAAGUCUUCCGUUCAACUCCAGUGCUUCCUGGAGCAAGAGCAUCUGGAGUACCUAAAACGUGCCCAAGCCAAGGAGGAAGAAGUCCAGGCAGCCAAGAGAAGACGUUAUGAGGAAGGCUGCAGUCAUGUCUUCUCCUCAGAUAGUUCACCACAUCCAUUGUGUUACAAGGACAUUCCCUGGCCAAGCUCAUCUGGGACUCCUGAGGAAAUGGCCGCAGCAGCCCUUCGUGGGGUAGAUCCUUCAGACAAAGGCGCUUACCGGCGCUUCCUCCGGCGUCAGCAGGCUUUGUGGCACCCGGAUAAGUUUGCGCAACGUUGCGGCACACGCUUGGCCGAACAGGAUCGCCGUCGGAUCUUGGACACUGUCACGGCGUUGUCCCAAGCUUUCAAUCGCUUGGCUGAAGCAGCCAAAUAAACCUCGACAUCAGCAUUUCUCAGCCUCAGAUACCUCAGGAUGCGUAGACUUCAACUCCCAGAAUUCCUCAGCCGGCAUGCCGGCUGGGGAAUUCUGGGAGUUGAAGUCCACGCAUCUCAAAGUGCCUGAGGUCGAAAAACACUGGCCUACAUGUCUGAAAUGUGUUUAGGAUACUUGAACAGAGGGAAGAUGUCCUGUUUUUUUGUCCUGUUUAUAAAACAAAACUAUAAACUGUUGCUUUUGAAUGUCUUUGGUUGGUCUAGAGAAGACUGAGUAAUUUCAGUAGAUUUUUUUUUUAAAAAAAGAUUCUUCGUUGAGGGCAAUUAUGUGUGAACACCACCUCCCAUGGUUGAGUAAACCAGUAAAUCAUAUGUA